GAAGAAUCGCAUCAUACUGUAAACACAUUCACAUGCUGUCCGCUUGCUGCUAACAUUAUUGCUUUCGAGGAUAACUUUAUAAACCCAAAGAAUAAAGAAGGCAGAGGAAUCCUGCUCCUCCGCCGCCAUGCGCCGGUUGGGCUCCGUUCAGCAGAAGAUACCCUGUGUUUUUCUCACCGACGUUAAAGACGAAGCGUCCAGAAAGCGAGAGCAUCAGUUUCAGGUAGUUGCCACUGAAAAGGUGAACCCUUUAGCCAUAGAGGCAAACGUCGACGAUGCUCUGGCCACAGAAAAACUGGACGGGACCUGCUGCUACGUUACUACGUAUCAAGGUCAGCCGUACCUCUGGGCCCGGUUUGACAGGAAGCCCAACAAGCAGGCAGAGAAGAGGUUUAAGAAGCACCAACAUGCUCACAGGAGCUGUAAAGGCUUCUCCUGGAACGUGGAGGAAGACUUUAAAACCGUGCCUGAGACGUGGAUUCCUGCUCACAGGGUCAAACAUCACAACGGACAUCCCGUUCCUGAUGAGCACGGACAUAUCCCAGGCUGGGUUCCGGUGGAGCGGAGCAAUAAGCAGUAUUGUUGGCACUCCUCUGUGGUCGAUUACGAGGUCGGGGAAGCUCUUGUUCUGAAGCCCAGCUGCGACGAUGAGAACAUGUUGGAAAUAACCGCAGUCCCAUUGGCAGAGCUUCAGGAGCUGACGCUGGAGCUCAUCGGAACCAAUGUCAAUGGAAACCCUUACGGACUGGGAAGUAAGAAGCAGCCCGUCCACUGCCUGGUUCCGCAUGGCUGUAUUCUGAUCAGGAACCCCCCACCUGUGGACUUCCAGCAGCUCUGCUCCUGGUUCCAGGAGAGCUCAGACGGUCAGGUGGAAGGCAUCGUGUGGCACUGCAACAAUGGCACACUGGUUAAGAUUCACCGCCACCACCUGGGACUGAGGUGGCCAGAUGGUGAAAGCGGCCUCGCCAACCGGCCCGUGACCAUACGCCUCGAAGGAACGGUUGAUGCCUACAAUAGCAAAGGCUUGUUGGCGUCAUUAUUGUCACUGAACGGACGCAGCUUCAGUCGGCUUCAGGACGUUCAGUAUGAGGUGUAAAUUGUUUUUGCUGCAGGUUAAAGCAUCCUGAACGUACAAACCAUCCUCAACCUUCUUGAUGAGAAACUAAAUUAAAAGGAAGUCUUAAUUUAAAAAGGUUUUAGUAGGAGGAAGAAGCAUCAUUCUAAUAAAUGACACCAAGUAGAUUUAAUUGUGAGGACGGUUUACAAAGGCACAGCUGGAAUGUGAAACUUAAUUGUUCCUGUACA